ACUUAGCUUUCACACUGUGUGAAGCAAAACGACAAUAAAAUAAACAGAGAGACAAACAUAUAAACUCAGCCAUGGAAAUUCAGACAAGCGUCGAUUUCAUUUCUCUUACACUCAGAUUCUGUCCUCUGAUUUUCAGCCACCUUCUCUAAUUUCUCUGGAAUAUACUUUGAUGCUUCCGAUUCCGAAGGAACUAACAUCAUGCUGAUCGAAUAUUACCAAAGCAAAACCGAGCUGCUUCUUAAGAACUAUGUAUCCGCCGAUCCUUUUCUCGUUUACACCUCCGUAGUAAUCGGAAUUAUCGGUUGCAAAAUGGUAUACGAUCUUAGCCAGCUUUUUAGUGUUUAUUUCUUCAAGAGCUACUUAGACCUUACAAAUUCUCGACAAAUCGAGUGGAGCAACCGAGCCAUAUCUACAUUUCAUGCCGUGUACAUUACGAGUAUGUCGAUUUACUUCAUUUUGUGGUCCGAUCUUUACUCCGAUAAUCUCGAUCGUGGUCCUAUUACUCUUCGAAGUUCAAUAUUAUCCACAUCUACACUAGGGGUUUCUGUCGGUUAUUUCCUCUCGGAUAUUGGCAUGAUUAUCUGGUGCUAUCCUUCGUUAGGGGGGAUCGAGUAUAUAUUUCAUCAUGUUCUCUCAUUGGUGGGCGUGACGUAUACUAUGCUGACUGGUGAAGCGCAGAUUUAUACGUACAUGGUUUUAGUAUCGGAGGCAACUACCCCUUCGAUCAACUUAAGAUGGUAUCUCGAUGCAGCUGGAAUGAAGAGAUCAAGAGCAUAUAUUAUAAAUGGAGUAGUAAUGUUCUUCGCUUGGUUGGUUGCGAGAAUAUUGUUGUUCGUUUAUUUGUUCUAUCAUGCGUACGUAUAUUAUGAUCAGGUGAAGAAGAUGCACGGUUUCGGAAUCCUCUUGACGCUUGUUGUUCCGGCUCUACUUUCCGUGAUGAAUUCGAUUUGGUUCUGGAAAAUAGUCAAGGGGUUGAAGAAGACAAUCACGAAGAGAGAUUAAAUACCGUUUGUUUCUCCGAAUUUAUACAAAAAUUUAAAAUAAUAAUAAUAAAUUGAAAAGAGUUGUGAAGAUACAUGGAAGUGUGUGUGAAAAAGGCUUAAUCACACUUGCACCCUUGAAAUGUCGUUUUUUUGGCAAUUUG